CUCCGCCAUGUUCAAGCGCCUCUUCCUCUCGACGCUGCUGGCUGCCUCUGCGAUGGGCCAACUCAACGAAGUGCUCAACCUCGUCUCGAGCGUCGCGCAGGCCAACCCGAUGGUCAACGCCGCCGCGAUCCAGCAAAAAGUAGGCACCUUCUUUACGGCGCUGAGCCCGCAGCAAAAGGCGCAGGACGACGCAGAGAUGAACACGGACGCGUUCUGGACGGCCAAGUGGGGCGCCGCGCCCGUCGUCGACGCCCCCGUGCAGAUGGCUGCGCCGGCCGCGCCCGUCAUGGCGGUGUUUGCGCCCUCGGCGGACGAGCCGACGACGCCCCCGCCGGUUGCCAUGGCCGAGACUUUGAACAUCUCUGCACCGACCAACGGCACCACAUUCUAAGUCCUUUCGUGCCAGUCCACGACGAAUUUGUAUUCUUGUCGAAUAAUGUAUUUUCUGUUUCCACUA